UUAUAAUGUGUCUGUUUUCAGUUCAUGUGGCCCGAAACAGAGAAACCAACAGAUCCAGAGGAUUCGGAUUCGUGACCUUUGAGAAUCCAGACGACGCGAAGGACGCGAUGGAAGGAAUGAACGGAAAGUCUGUGGACGGCCGGACGAUCCGUGUGGAUGAGGCUGGGAAGGGUGGAGGUGGUGGCGGCGGCGGCCGGUCAGGUGGAGGAUCCUACAGAGGAGGUGGAGGAGGAAGAGGAGGAGGUUUCUUCAGAGGAGGCAGAGGACGAGGAGGUGGAGGUGGGCUAUGGCGGUGGAGACCGUGGUUACGGAGGCGACCGGAGCUACAGCAGCGGUGGAUAUAAGAGCGGAGGAGGAGGUGGUGGAGGAGGUGGUUACUCCUCUGGAGGAGGCGGUGGAUACAGCAGAGACAGGAGUUCUGGGUACAGCGAUCGCGGCAGCUCUUACAGAGACAGCUAUGAUAGUUAUGCUGUACAAGACUAGAACCCAAGACCCGACGCGUCAGCGGCCGAGCGUUUCUAAAGACUCAUGGAUCUGUUCUUGGAUUUGUUGUAGCUGUUCUCCAUGUUUCUGUUCAGUUCUUGUACUCUGAGGGGAAGGGCGGUCUCUGAUCGCCGGCCGUGAAUGAAUGAAUGUGUGUUGAUGUGCUGACGGGUCUCUCUGCCUCAUUUGAAUCCUUUAAAUCACCAGAGCGAGCUGCACUCAUGUUAGCGCUCCCCGUGCUUCUGUGGGGAGUCUCGAGCGUUUGCUCUGUGUUUGUUACUGAUGCGCAGCCGCUGUCCUCACAAGCACUGCUCCUUCUGUUAGCUGUAAGCCAAUGAUGUGUCCAAAAAGUCCCUUCCUUUCAGACUGAGCUGCGCACAUCCUGCUCUUUAAUGAUGGACUCUUGACCAAUACAUCCUUCUCUCUAUCAAUCAUUCACUCGAAAGAGAACCAGAACUUGUUAACAGUACACUCCAGAACUGGGAAAGAAAUCCUUGUGCUCUUGUUUCCUUUGUAUCAAAAUCUGACUCCCUAAUUUGUUUUAUUAUUUUUAUUUUUUGCUUUUUCAAUUGUGGCUUCAUGGAGCCUAUUAAACGAAACCAUUUGUUCAAA